AAUAUAUUAUAGUAGCACAGGAAGUUGAACAUUUCCUUUCCGCCUUUUAGCCCGGCGCUGUUUACACGCGUGCCGAUUUCUUUUUAGCAAAUUGUCUAAAAUCGACAGAUUUAUUGGAAAUCAACGCGGCAGUUAUGAAACCCAUUCUGUUACAGGGCCAUGAAAGGGCCAUCACACAAAUCAAAUACAACAGAGAAGGCGACCUUUUGUUUUCCGUUGCCAAGGACCCCGUGGCAAACGUGUGGUACUCUGUCAACGGAGAGAGGCUAGGUACAUACAAUGGACACACUGGUGCCGUUUGGUGUGUAGAUUGUGACUGGGAUACCAAGCAUGUGUUGACAGGUUCUGCUGACAACAGUUGUAGACUGUGGGAUUGUGAGACGGGGAAACAGCUUGCGCUCUUGGAAACGAGUUCUGCUGUGAGGACCUGUGGCUUUGACUUCAGUGGCAACAUAAUCAUGUUCUCCACCGAUAAACAGAUGGGUUACCAGUGCUUCCUGAACUUCUUUGACCUAAGGGACCCUCAGCAAAUUGAGGACAACCAGCCCUACCACUCAGUGCCCUGCAAUGAGUCCAAGAUCACCAGUGCUGUCUGGGGACCCCUGGGGGAGUUUGUCAUUGCCGGCCAUGAGAGUGGCGAGAUCAACCAGUUCAGUGCCAAGUCAGGGGAGAUUCUGAAGACCGUGAAGGAAAACACAAAGCAGAUCAAUGACAUCCAGUCGUCUGUGGAUCUCACCAUGAUCGUCACCGCCUCCAAAGACUGCACCGCCAAGCUUUUUGACUCCACGUCACUUGAUCACAUCAAGUCCUUCAAGACUGAGAGACCUGUGAACUCUGCUGCCAUCUCUCCCAACAUGGACCAUGUGGUCAUGGGUGGUGGGCAAGAGGCUAUGGAGGUCACUACCACAUCCACGAGGAUUGGCAAGUUCGAGGCCAGGUUCUUCCAUUCAGCCUAUGAAGAGGAGUUUGGAAGAGUAAAGGGACAUUUCGGCCCCAUCAACUGUGUAGCUUUCCACCCAGAUGGGAAAAGCUAUAGCAGUGGAGGAGAGGACGGAUACACCAGAAUUCACUACUUCGAUACCCAGUAUUUCGACUUUGAGCUGGAGGCGUAAACAGCGUUGGCGGCAGCAACAUUCCAUCUGAGCGCUGACCCCAGAUCAGUCGUAUGGCAGUGUGUCGGCAUCACACAGCGAAUCAGCCCCAACCAUCGGCUGCCCUUAUGCAUUUCUGGUUUUUGUAUGCUUGGUUUUACUUCAACACAUUACUCUCUAUGAGCCUUACUCCAGGGUCUAUUAAAUUAAUGGAUAUUGCUAAUAAAAACUUGGUUUUGAGGCA